ACAAACAAAAUGGCGGACGAAGAAUUGCAGAUCAACGGAACUCCAAUUUCCUCACUGCGUGUAGUUGAUCUAAAGAAGGAAUGCGACAAACGAGGCCUGUCAAAAAGUGGAACUAAAAUCCAACUUAUCGACAGACUUAAAACGCAAUUGCUGUUUGAGAAUAAAGAUGACUCAGCAAGCGGCCCCACAAUACAGCUGGAGGAGGAGGACUGCCAGAAUGAGUUCAUCAAACAGUACCUGGCCAAGCAGAAACAGCUCAUUGAGAAUGCUGAGAGCUCAAUGAACAGUUCCAGUCAGGAGAGUGACUCUGAGGACUCGCCCAAGAAACAAACCAAAUCUCCAACCAUGCGGUCCCCUCCCAUAGAAAUCUCACCUGAGAAACAACCAGGGAAGAAUCAAGAGGUAGAAGAUGAAGACACAGCUAAUGAAAAGAAGCCCAGAGUGGAGGAAACUGCCCUAACCAGACACACUUCUAGGCGGAUAGCUAGGAUUGAACUAGAAACCAGUGGAGGGGAGAAGACUGGCAGCUCUGACAGGCCAUCCAGGCGUAGUCUUACCAGGAGCUCACAGUCCACGGGGUCAGAGCAGGGACAGUAUGGGGUGGACACAGGGGGUUCCGGGGAUGCUUCGGUAGUAGUUGAACAGGCCGGCAAAACAACAGAAUAUGAAAAACCUGUAAACAAAACAAAAAAAGAACCUGAGGGACUGAAAGAGGACCAGAAAGUGACCAAAGCUGAAGAUGAUUUGCCGUUUCAAGUGGAUAUUUCUUUGCAACAAAAAUAUGUCCAAGCAGAUGAUGAUAUUAAAAAGUCAUCAUUAACAGUUAAAAAUGACGGCCAAAUGCAAACAAGCAGUGAUUUAAGCGAAGAAGAAAAAAUUCAGGCAAGCAAUUUACCUAAAGAGGACACAAGGCAAACAACCAAUGAGUUUAAAAUAAACAACAAUCAAGCAGCAGUUAUAGAAGAUAAGAUGCAAACCAGCAGUGAGGCAACAGAAGGCAAGAUGCAAAUGAGUAAUGAGUCAACAAAAGGAUUAAUUAAAGCUAGGGCAGAGUCAAAAGAAGAGAAUACAGAAUUAAGCACAGAAUUGAAAGCACGUAAAGUUAGAACAAGUAGUGAGUUGAAAGAAGAUUUAAAACCGCCUCAAUUGUCCAAGGAAGCUGCAGCAAACAUGGAACAAAAGUUGGAACCUGGAGUAGAGAUGAGCAUUAUGAGAUCUGGAAGGUCAGGGAGGACAGCUAGACAAGGCAGCUCCUCCUCCUCCUCGCGCUCCAGGUCUCCUCCACAGCAGAGGCAGCCAACAGCUGCAAGGAAACCGUUGCGGCAGGCAAGGAGCUCAAGCAGUAGCAGCAGUUCCAGUAGGUCCAGGAGCAGAUCUGUGUCGCCCAGGGACUUGAAAACAAACCAACACCAGUCUGCCAGCUUACUUAAACAACCACAGAAAGAAACAACUGCUUCCAUAGAGACGGAGGGUCAGAGGUCAAGGUCAGAAUCCUCAAGAUCAAGGUCACCCAGCCCUUCUACAAAAAUGGAGACUGAACCAGUCCAAAGACUGAGCUAUAAAGAACAGACAGGACGUGACCCAUCCAAGGAGUCUUCAUCAACAUCGUCACAAGUUCCUGAGAUGAAGCAGGCCAAGAAAAUCUCACUCAACAGGCGUCCCUUAGAGACUGGUGACAAGGCCCAGGAUGGAGUGGAGGACAGGCCUGCAGUGAAGAGACGCAAGUGGGGCUCCCAGACUAUGUCUGCAGGCCUCAAACCUAGGAAGACUGCAGCCAGCAUCUCCAUCUCCACUGACAGCCUCAAGGAGUUGAUCCCCGAGAUCAGCCCCUCCCUGAAGCUGUCAGCAGACCCUAUACUAGAAGAUGAGAUGGACUAUGAGGAUGACACCGACCACGAGGACCCUGCCCUGUCCCAGCACAAAGAGGAGACCGACACACGGGCUGUACACAUACAGAGGACUGUCACACAGGAUGUGGGCCGAAAGGCAAGUGAUGAUGACAAGACAAGUGAUGACGACAGUGAUGGGGACAGUGAUAAAGAUGAUGAAGCUAAGAAUGAGGUUGAAGUUGAGAGUGAGGCUGCCAGGAGCAAGUCUGAGGAGAGAGAGGCACAGGAGGGGGUAGAGAAGGCUGCCAAGGGGACUGAGGAGCAGGAGGAGGGGCCCACAGGGGACAACGAGAAGGAUGCAGCAAUAGAGGAGGAGCGUAUGGAGACAGAGGCAGCAAGACUGGUGAAUGUGGUGGAAUCUGCCAGUAAGAAGAAGGUUAAACAGACAGACCUGCCUGCAAACACCAGUCCUACAAAGAAAACAAAGAAAGACAAGAAAGAUAGAAACAAGGAGAUCAAGGUGAUCCGCCGUCUGGAGUCUGGAGCGGCGACACUGAUCACUGCCGAUGAGCCAGAGAGACCUGCGCGAAGCCCCUCCCCUGCGCGCAACCCUGUCACCAAGAUAGUGCACAUCCGCAAUCUUGUGAGACCCUUCACCCUUCACCAGCUGAAAGAACUGCUGGGCAGAUAUGGGACACUGAUAGAAGAGGACUUUUGGAUUGACAAGAUCAAGUCUCACUGCUUUGCUAGUUAUGCCACAGUGGAGGAGGCUGAGAACACUAGGAGAGCCCUGCAUAACACACGUUGGCCUCAGUCCAACCCCAAAACACUGACGGCAGACUUUGCAGCACAAGACCAGCUGGAUUCCUACAGAGGCGUGACGAAGCCCAAGCCUGCAGCACCAGCAGUAGGGAAGCUCAAAGAGGGUGGCCAGGAAGCCCCUAAAGAGAGGCCUAGUGUACGGGAGACCCACCCGGGGGCUAGAGACGGCAGGGAGAAGGAAAUGGAGGCCCGCAGGAGGGAGCGAGAACAGAGGAUAAAAGAGCGGGAGGAGCGCGAGAAGAAGUCGGGUCCGGUGAGGGAGUGGGACAGAGAUAAGAAGUCCCGUGAGGACUGGGACCGCACCCUGCAGAAGUCCAGGUCAAGGUCACGUGACAAUGUGAGGUCCCCAUCACCACGGGCUCGCAAGGCUGACAGAGACAGGGGCCAGUCUGCAGAGAAGAUCAACAGAAGAGAUGUCAAGAAAGACAAGAAAGAGGAUGAGCCGCCAGCCAAGCUGCUGGAUGAUCUGUUCAAGAAGACCAAGACCGCCCCCUGUAUCUACUGGCUGCCUCUCACUGAGCUACAGGUGCAGGCACGGGAGAAGCAGGGAAUGUUGAAGCCUAAGCUGAGACAGAGGUCGGUGGCUGGUGACCUUCAUAGCCCCAUCAGGGACGGAGGAGAGAUAGUAGAGGGGCCAUCCAAGGGGCAGGGUUCAGAGGAACGUGAGAAAGCAAGGGCCAGAAACCCUAUGCCAGAUAGUCGGAGACCUGAACAUUCUUUGGAACGUCGACAGGGAGGCAGUCCUAGUAACCGUCGGCAUAGGGAAAGUAGUCCGUUAGAAUCCAGCCGGAGGCGCGACAGCAGUCCGAUGGAAUCCGCCAGGCGUAGGGACAGUAGUCCAAUAGAGUCGAGCCGGCGAAAGGAUAGCAGCCCAGUGGAUUCAAGGAGACAGAGGCGUUAAUAAUUUAAUGAAGAUAACCAUUUCUCACUUUUCAAUUGCCCAAGAAUUCAUUUUUCAACAGAUAUGUUAUUGUUGGUUCAUCCAUAAUUGUUUGGAACUGGAAUACAAAUUUCUUUUGAAAAUGA